ACCACGUUUAUAUGACUUGGGUCGCGUGAACCCAACCGAAGAUACCGAAGUCAUUUUGGUCGAUGAAAGCCGUUAUUAUCACGAAAUACGAAACCGAAAUUCGCGAUUCAACUCCCUAGAGGAGAUCGAUUCCAGUACUAAUUCUAGAUUUCCCGUCCUCUCUAGUCGUUGAUCGGGUGGAGAGAAUUGGAUCCUAGCCGCUUCACGUUGCCUUGGGUAGAUCCAAUUUAAUUCGUACAUAUUCCCAGACGCCACGAUGUCGUCGCUCCGUCAAUUCACCAUCACGGCCAUUUUGGUCCUGGCUUCAUUAUCAGUAGCCACCAAAGAGAAGGCGCCAGAAACACCAACCCCGGGUACAGACACAGUCCAUGGAUGCUAUAAAUCGGUGGGAACAAUGAAGAACACCUCACACGACGAAUUUAACACCCAAGGUGCUUGUGCUAAAGUAUGCCGUGGUCUUGGAAAGCUCGUUGGUGCUUCCCUCUCGAAGGACUGCUGGUGUGGUGAUCAAUAUCCCAACAAGGCCGACCUUGUUGAUGACGACCAGUGCACUGAACCAUGCCCUGGUUUCGGUGAUGAAGCCUGUGGUGGUCUCGACACCUGGACUGUUUACAAUAUUGGAAUAAGGGUCAGCGUCGGAGAAGCAGAUUCUUCAUCUAGUUCAAGCUCUGGACCUUCCAAGACUAGCUCCGUCGCGAAUUCUCCCUCUGACACAAUCGAGACAAUUACAGCUUCAUCUUCGCCCGAUAACAACAACAAAUCCAAUACAAACGUCGCAGGUAUCGCUGCUGGUGUGGUCGUCGGUGUGGUUGUGAUCUCUGGUAUUAUUGGAGGAACGUUCUUCUGGAUGCGCCGAAAGAGAAACGCCGAAAUCGAAGAGGAACACCGUCGUAAUGCUGCCGUCAAUGCGUUUAUCAGUGGUGGAAAGCCGCCUAGUAGCAGCGGUGGCGUUUCUAUGACCGACUCUCGCCUCGAUCCCGUUAUGAACCGACGAAUGAGUGACGGUAGCAUCGCUGAUAACCAAGAUUACUCGCGGAGAAUUCUCAGGGUUACCAACGCUUGAGGAACCCCAUCGCAGAUAUCACGAUGAACGACUUCCCGCUUGUAUCAAAUUUUUAUUCAUCGGCAUCGACGGCGUUUCACGGUGGCCAUUCGUCAUUGGGCAAUCGAUCUUACCCGACGAUCCCUG